GGCAAAUCCAAUAAUAUGCAUGCGGCUAGAAAUUCUCUGUUGACGUGUACUCUACCACUUUAAACCCAAUUCACACCAUGAGUCCAUUAAAAUUUCUUUGAUUUGAUUUGAUUUGAUGUACUGGUUUUGAUUGAUUCAUAUUCAUAUAUUCUCCAUCGAAGCCCAAUCAUUGAUUCCAAUUUUCUGAAAUGUCUUUCAUGCACACGUUCUUCGGCCCUGAGGAAGCCAAGGUCGGCAAGUGGGAGAAGGCAAGAUAAGAAAACAAACCCAAAUUUCUCGUUUCUCUUUUGAUCAGGCAUGUCGACGAGUAUCAUCGGUGAUGAUUCGAAAAUUACAGGGAAAAAUGAGGUUGAUUUUGUUGAAUGCGAUUGCUGCGGAUUGACAGAGGAAUGCACCCUGUCUUAUAUAGAGACAGUACGCGAGCGUUAUAAAGGAAAAUGGCUUUGUGGGCUAUGCGCAGAGGCAGUGAACGAUGAAGUUUUACGUUGCGAAAAGCAAAAAUUGAUAAGCCCAGAUGAGGCUAUGGCUCGCCAUUUCAGCUUCUGCCAGAAGUUUAGGUUCGCCGGGCCACCGCCGGAUCCAACCCGGCAUUUGAUCACUGCUAUGAGACAGGUAUUGAGAAAGAGUUUGGAGAGUCCCAAGUUGAUAAGGUCGAUGCCAAGCAGUCCCACGAAGUAUGUUGACAUGAAACUCAACGGGUUGACUCGGUCGGAGAGCUGUAUUCCGAGUCUGUCCGAUGUCGAUGCAUCGGUUUGUUUUGGAAUGGAUGAAGAUUGUGAAUAGCCAGCCAGAUGGUAAAUUCUGAAA